UUAAAACACAAAAUUGUUCUGCAAGUAAACGUCAAAUAGGAAAUGAAACAACAAUUUAUGAACGUCGAGCAGAUCCAUCAGGUCUUAAGUUUGGACCUAAAGUAAUAGGAGAUUAUAAAUUUAAAAUCACCAACAAACAUAAAGAUUCAGGAAUGUGUGGUAAAUGUGAUUGUAAAAAAAAUCAUUAUAAUUUUCAUAUUGAUAAGAUUAAAGAUAAGCUUAGAGGUACUUAUAACGUGUACCGUAAUUAUCAUAUCGUUGAAUGGCAAAAAGUUUGCCCAAAUGAAGAUUGUUUAUGUGUUUGGGAUAGUAAGAAACAAAAAGAUUACGUUAAUAAAUGUAGCAAAAAUAUUGAAAGUGAUCUUUUGAAUAUUGAGGCUGUAAUUGAAUCAGAGAUAUUAAAAUUAUAUAAUAUUAAAAACAUUGCUGAUUUACCAGGUUUACUUGAAAACUAUACCAUCAUGAAUACAAGCCAUCGUGUAAUAAAAGAAAAAGUGAAAGAUAAGCAUGUAUUUGUCGAUAAGGAUAAGGGUGGUUCUACUUAUAAUGGUUUUGAAAUAUUAAAUGAAAUUCAUAUUAUGGUGAAAAGAAUUCAGCCACCGUUGACUAAUCCAAACUCUAAACCAUUUGAAAGAAAAAUGAAUUGUUCAAAUGAAGGACUGACUCC